AUCUGAGCAGUCGCCGUUUUAGAUACUCCGCGACUAAAGAGUAAGGAGAACCUGAGGAAAACGAAGAGAAGGAAAAACGCGGCCGAUAUUUAUGUCUGAGACGAGAAUCUUUUCGACAUUGAACGCGAAGGCUUAAUUGUCUGCCACAGGUUAUGUCAUCGCGCGGGAGAUAGUCAGAAAAUUGGAAAUUCUGGGAUAAUGAACAAUCGAAAAGAAGUCGACUUGUAUCGGGACACAUAUGUAAGAUAUUUAGGUUAUGCGAAUGAAGUGGGAGAGGCAUUCAGAAGUCUUGUACCAAAGUCCAUUGUAUGGUUCAGUUAUGCAUUAUCAAGUGGAUACGUUCUUGCGGAUACGGUGCAUAAGGGUGCAAAAGUCUAUCAAACAGAUACUACGUCACAGAAAACCAAAAAUGUCCUACUGUCCACGUCAGAUACUUUGAUCUGGCAGGCCUUUGCAUCAGUAAUAAUACCUGGUUUUACCAUAAAUAGAAUUUGCGCGGCAGUUCAGUUUGCACAAAGAAAAAGUACAAGAGCAGCUUGGAAGAAGCCUUGGAUCCCUACGCUUAUUGGCUUGGCAUCCAUUCCUUUCAUAAUACAUCCUAUAGAUCAUGCUGUGGAAGGCGCGAUGGAUGUUACAUACAGAAAACGGACUGGAUAUCAUCCAAAGGGGCCUCUAUAUGGUGUAAAACAUGACUAGCAAAACGUAAUUAAUUAAAAGUAUAGUAUAUAAUACCUGAGAGAGGUCGUGUUUAAACAAACUAUAUUAUAUAUUGUAAUUGAAGAAAUGAUUCCAUUUAAGAUACAAGAUCUUAUAUAUUGAAGAAUAUACUCAUAUUUUUUAUAAUCUAUUAUUUAAAGAUUUAAUGAUGCUUGAAAGUUUUCUUAAAAUCAUCUCCAAAUGUCAAAAUUUUUUAUACAAUAUACAAGAUAAGAAUCGUAACUAUGAAAUAAGCAAUAAGAGAAUACCUAAGAAAAAUCAAAUAAAUUUAAACUCGUUUUCUAUCACAUCAUUUAAGAGAAAAGUAAGACGAUCUGAAUUUACACGACCUCUUCCUGGUUUAGUAAAGUAUUACUGCCUAAGAUAGUACAAUACAAUGCGCUUAGAAGAUCUUAUUGCUAAUCGUAAAAAUGUUAAAUAUUUUUGUUAUAAUGUACAUAUUAUACAGCUAACGUAUAGUUAUAUUAUACAGCUGUAUGUGCAUUAAGAUUUUUAGCUGGCUUUUACGCCGCGAUUGUUAAACUAUUGAAUAAAGUUAUUGAUUUAACAUUCCCUA